AUGGCCAUGCAAGCACAGAAGAUGAGGUGUUCUUGGGGCAGGCUUUGCCUGCUUCUUUCCCUCCUUCUCCAGCUGCCAGGCUCCCAGGCCAAAUGCUACUUCCAGGCUAAAGCUCCCUGUGAGUACGAAGGGAAACAGUUCUCCCUUGGGGAAUCAUGGCUGAGCACCAACUGCCUGCUCUGCACCUGCCUGCACCCCAUUGGCGUGGGCUGCUGUGAGACCACCCAGCACCCGAUCGACUUCCCUGACUGGUGCGAGGCCCACUACGACUCACAGACCUGCCAGAUUUCGGUAGUGCAGAAGGCCAACCCCAGCCUGCCGUGUGUGAAGAGUGUAGAGCACGAGUGGGGCUCAGCCAGCACCCCCGAGCCGCUGAUGAACAAGGUGCUGAGCGCGGGGCUGGGCAGAUAA